UUUUUAAGAUUAGGUUGAGUCUCACUCUUAUUUCUCUGCCGCAUUGGCUAGGGUUUUCCUCACUACCUUAAAGCUCUCUUCAAUUUUCUCAUCAUUUCGUCUUCAUUAUCUCACCUCCCGAACAAUCCUCAGACAAUAUCGAUUCAAACUUAGAUCGGUUUAUCAAUCAUGGGUUCGAACAAGCUUUAGAGGCUCUUGGCUGCUGUUUUUAACUAAUAGAAGUUAAAAAGGAAGGGUUUCAAUCUCUGUCUAUCUAUUCGACUAUCUAAACAAAUGGCAACCAUGAACCCUUUCGAUCUCCUCGGCGACGAUGACAAUGAAGACCCCAGUCUGCUCAUUGCUGCGGCUCAGCUCAAGGUGGAAAAGCCUAAGAAGCCGUCGGCUCCAGCUCAGCCUCAAGCUCAAUCUCAGCCUGCUAAGCCGGCUAAGCUUCCUACCAAGCCACCGCCUCCUGCUCAGGCUGUGAGGGAAGCUAAGACUGAUGGUGGCCGUGGAGGAGGUCGAGGUGGUGGACGUGGCUCUGUCCGUGGACGUGGAAGUGGAGGUGGAUUUAAUCGGGAUUCUAAUAACAAUGAAGCUACCUAUGGUAACAACAAUGGAUUCACUGGAGGAUUCAGGCCUUCUGAAGAGGGAGAUGCAGGAAAGCCAUCUGAGAGGCGUAACUAUGGCGCACCUCGUGGUGGUGGUUACCGUGGAGGUCGCCGAGGUGGUUUUAGUAAUGGGGAAACUGCAGAAGGUGAACGUCCACGAAGGUUGUAUGAACGCCGCAGUGGCACUGGUCGUGGGAAUGAGAUCAAACGUGAUGGAGCUGGUCGUGGUAAUUGGGGGACUCCUACUGAUGAGAUAGCACAGGAAACUGAGGAACCUGUUACUGAAAUUGAAAAGAACGUUGUUGCGGAGAAGCCGUCAGGAGAGGAGGAUGCUGCAGAUGCCAACAAGGAAAGUCCAGCAGAUGAACCAGAAGAAAAGGUGGAGGACAAGGAAAUGACCUUGGAAGAGUAUGAGAAAAUUCUUGAAGAAAAGAGGAAGGCUUUGCUCUCAUCAAAGACUGAGGAACGAAAGGUUGAUGUGGAGAAAGAGUUUGGCUCCAUGCUUCAGCUUUCAAACAAGAAGGGCAAUGAUGACAUCUUUAUCAAACUGGGUUCUGAAAAGGACAAGAGAAAGGAUGCUGCUGACAAAGAAGACCGAGCCAAAAAGUCUGUCAGCAUAACUGAGUUCCUGAAGCCUGCUGAUGGAGAGAAAUACUACUCUGGUGGCCGUGGUCGAGGCCGUGGCCGUGGUUCAAGAGGUGGAUAUGUUGGAGGCAAUGCACGUGAUGUUGCAGCCCCCUCAAUUGAAGAUCGUGGGCAGUUCCCCUCCUUGGGUGGCAAGUGAGAUGUUACUUCAUCUUUCAUGGUCGCAGAGGGCAUCUACAGUCUGAAAUUCCUUUGCUAUGUGCUUGGGAGCUUGAUUCAGAGGUUGUCAACAGGAAAUGUUAUUUCAUGCAUUAUAAACCUUUUUUUUUUUUAACAUUUAGUCGUUUGGGUGUAAAUUUUAGAUAUUCCUCCAUGGGUAUCUGCCUGGGAUUCCUUCUCGACUUUGAUAUGCAUGCAUACUCUUUUUCCCCCCA